GAAUCCUUUGUAACUGUCCUUCCAGAAGAAACCAGCACUAUAGAAGUCGACCCAGUCGAAGAAAGUUUGUCUAAUAACCACAACAAGGGGAAAACUCCUGAAAUUAUUGCUUCAACUUCCACAGCCUCUGAAAAUGCUGUGCUCAAACCAACAAAUAGUGUCAACGAGUCUUUUGACGCGUCAGAAAUACCUUAG